AUGCCGCCAAAGAAAAAGCCUGCUGCUGCUGCAGGACCAAAGGCGAAGCAGGCUACAGGUGAUGCGAAGAACAAAAAGAAAUCGACUGGUCCUUCAAAUACUGAUGUAGCUGUAGCUCCACCACCACCACCACCACCUGACGGACGAGAAUUGUGGCUGGCUACAGAUGCUCUACAAAAGACUAAGGCAAUGCGCAACUAUUUUCAACUGGAGCGUGAUCGUAUAAUAGCCUUUUGGGAGAUAUCAAAAAAACAACUAGAGGAGCUCAAGACGCUUCUCCGGGAGCGUGAACAUGAGAAAGCAGAAACUGAAGAACGUCACGAGGUUGAGAAAAAGGUGUUUAAACAAAAAAUAAGGCAUAUGAUGUACGAACAUCAGCUUCAACUUGCAGAAAUGACUGGUGAAGCAGAGCGAACACUUGCCAUACGGGAAGAAGAGUACCGCCAAAGGGAAAGAAACGCAGGUAGCGAAAUACGAGAUGUUAAAUUAAUAUUGCGAGAGCAAGAGAAUGAGCAACGUGAAAUGGCUUCUGCUCUUGCUGCUUCUCAUGACAAGGCAAUUGCUGAGCAACAAGUUUCUUUUGAGAGAAAAAUGAAAGAAAUGCAUCUCAUGUAUGAAAAAAAGACGAAAGAUCUUCGUGAAGAAAUGGAUCAACGUCGACGUGAAGAGAUUGGUCUAAUAGAAAAACGACAAGAAGACCAUAUUGCCGAAUUAAGAGAGGUACACGAACGUACCUUUAGAGAGAUGAAAGAGUACUACAGUGAAAUUACAUCAAAUAACUUGGAGACGAUUCGUACUCUUAAGGAUGAAGUUUAUGCUCGCAAACGAACUGAAGCACAUAACGAAAGGGCUAUGAUGGAUGUUGCACAAAGAAAUAAGAAACUUACCGAACCGUUAGCUAAACUACAGAGACAAAAACGAGAGUUGGAGCAAGAUCUUGUUAACUAUUUAACUGACAAAGAGAAGCUUCGAGCAAUGAAAACGGAAGUUCGAGAAGGUGAACAAGAGUUGCGUACGCUUUCUUGGGAGCACGAAGUCCUUUCCCAGCGCCUUGCAAAACUAGAGGAAGAUCGAGAUAUAAUCCUCAACAGAUAUAACAACAUGUUACAGGCGAUCCAACAAAAAGCAACAUUUCGCCGUGUCCUUAUUCAGGGCAAACUAGAACUUGUCCAAUCACAACUAGAGGGACGUGAUGCCCGGCUAACGGAGUUGCUAAAACGGGCUAAUAUCGAUCCUGAAAGUAUCAGUGAUAUUGAGCAUAGGGUGCGUGAUUUGUCGCUUGAGAAAGACAUUAUGAUUGGAAACCUAGAACAUCUCCUUGCUCAACAAGCUCAAAAGCAGCAGAUGUUGGUUUCCACUUAUGAGGCAUACUUAAGAGGCAAUGGCAUGUCUGGACUAGAUAAUACAGUGCAGAGUGAGUGA